GCCCUGAGUCGCUUCAUCUCAUUUCUAAAGUUAAAGGAUUUUCUUUCCAACAGGACCUAAAAGAGGCGGAGGACACACUGUUUUCCUUGGUAAGUGGUUCCUUCCAUUUAGGCUGCGGAGCAAAGAUGUGCUACGUCAGUGGAGGAGAGAACGUCGAGUGACGCACAGUUUGAUUUCAUUUUAGCUGCCGGUGACAGGCGCGACUCGCAGGAGCUCUAUCAGAUAAAAAAAAGAGCCAGAGGACCAAAAGAAGAAACAUGGGAAAGAAGUCUGCAUCUUUGUUCUGAUGAACCCUCGUAAACAGGAUGAAACCGCUCAGCAACUUCAUCACGUGUCUACCCUGCUUGAUUAACUGAUGAAUUAGCCUGUGCAGUCAGAUCAUCUUUAAACAUGUCUGACAACAUAAAUCCACAAACCUUGUCAGAGGCAGAGACACAGUUGACAGUGGAGCAAGGUGACAAGCACAUUGAGCAGAGUAAUCUUCUUCAAUCACCUACGAAACAGACAUUCAAGUCAGCUGCAAAUGGCACUACUGCCGUUAUACCAGAGUCAGGGGACGAGUUCUCCAGCUCCUCUCAUCAGUCCGUUUCAGAGAAAGGAACAAAGGUCGCUGGUCAAAAGGCUAAAAAUACUAAAAAAACUAAAAGAAAGACAAAUAUGGCAACCUUGGACAAGAAUGCUGAAGACCAGAUUGUGAACCAGAAUAGGCAACCCGACCUAAAAGGCCAGGACUCUGCGCAAACUACUGCUGUUGUUAAGGAUGUCUGUUUUGGUUCUCAAAAGACCGAGACCAUACGUUCCGGUGUUGACCCACCGGAAGUGGAGCCUAUGGAGAUUGAGCAGUCUACCGAUGGGAAAGGAGAUGCCUCCCUUUCACCAACAAGUCCAGAUUUUAAGAUGGAACCAAAGGACAACACAAUAGUUGGAUCUGAGACAGAGAGCAAAGGUGCCAGUGUUGACCGACACGUGGAGCCUAUGGAGGUUGAGCAGUCUGCCCAAGGGAAAGGAGAUGCCUCCCUUUCACCAACUAGUCCAGAUAUUAAGAGGGACAACACAAGUGAUGCCUCUGAAACUCCGGCUGGACCGCCGCCAGAAAGCACAGCCAUGGUUGGAUCAGAGACAGACAGCAUCCCCUCCAGUGUUGGCCUACAGGAUGAUGCCAUGGAGGUCGAGCAGUCUGACCAUAGGAAAGGAGACACGAAAAGUGAUGACUCUGGAACUAUGGAUAAAAAGUAUCCUUGUCCACCUCCAAAAAGGACAGACACAGGGAAAAUGCAGGUGUCGGCAAAAGAGAGACUUAAAAUCUAUUUCCACGCCAUCCUCUCAAUGGACUUCAAUCUUGACCAGAAUGAGGAUCGCCUUUUCGUAUGGGCAGGGGAGGAAACGGGGAGCUGGGAAUCCAAUGCAGUUGAGCUAACCGUGACAAAGGAACUGGGAGUGCAUGGAUUCUUAGUCGAAGGAAUCCUGGUCACUGACCAAGCUGUGCCCAUACCAUACCAAUAUAUUGUCUACAGUUCCAAAAAGGCAACGUAUGAGUACGAGUACAUUGAUUCUACACAUCCCACCAGAAGAAGAAGUCUUUCUGUAAAUACCAAACUACUCGAUGAGGAAGGGGCUUGGCAUCAGUAUGAUGACAUUAUCUGUGCCUCGCCAUCCAAGGAUGUGUCCAAAAGAAUAAUCCAAGGCAGAGAAAUCGCAGGGAAGAUAAUGCUUCAGACUAUUUUUGAACUCCUUCACAGCUGGAAUGACAUUCAACUCAACUGUUUCAUGAAACGACUGAUUCAAUUUGAACAGAGUUACAGGAAACCGUCAUUGUAUGCAGGCAUCAACAAGAAUAUGAGAAAACAAACAAAUAAAGAUGUUCAAAAGCUGCUGAAACAGUUCAUUCUGGAGAGUGUGCUUCCUCAGCUGCUGAAGAAGGGAGAGGGAAGGAGUCCCACUUUUCAGGACCAAAUGAAGGCCGCUGUGAUCGUACUGUAUAUGAGUAAACAUUAUGAGAUCCCACUAGAGAAAGCAGAAGUCGCUGGUCUAUGCUUUGCUCUCUGUCUGCCCAACAUGCCUAAAGACGAGUUCCUGCAGUAUUGGACAGAUUUUACACAACCCGUCGUACUUCUCAAAAAGUGAGUACGUUGUUUUAACAUUACAGUUCCUCGGCUAUUGGCCUAAACCAAAAGAUGGGAUGCUUCACAUACAAUUCAAUAACUCAGUGGCAGUUACAUUUCCCUAGAGGUUUAUAUAGAGGCGGACGGACCAGAAGGCCGUUGGUUUAAUGCUGCAUUCAUAACCAAAUGGAAAGGUGGUAAUUACCAGUUGUAAAUACCAGUUGGAUGCCUUCACAUGCGUUCAACUCAUUGAGAAACACGACUCCAGUCGAGUUGUAGAAACAUCUCAAGGAUGAUCCAUUGAAACAGGAUGCACCU